AGUUUUCUUAACGGCAAUAGUAUUCUCGGUCAAGUUUUAUUUUGCUCUGUGAUUUUCGACAUUUCCAAGCAGAAAUUUUAAAAAUUUCCGCUCAAAUACGUGUGCAUUUGAUUCAAGUACUUGAUUCUCCUGGUCCAAGAACAUAAAUCCGGAGGGUGCAUAGUUCAAUCGGCAGUGCAGAAACUCGGAUUUGAACUUGUUAAAAAUAAUUCCAGCCAGUCAGUCUAGCAUCAAAGCAGGCAAAUCCGAGAUUCGAAUUCCAUCUCCUCCUGAGCAUCCGAAAGACAACAGCAGUCGCUAUGGGAAAUGUAUUUGCUAACUUAUUUAAAGGCCUCUUCGGCAAAAAGGAAAUGAGAAUAUUGAUGGUCGGUUUGGAUGCCGCUGGUAAAACCACAAUUCUGUACAAACUCAAAUUAGGCGAAAUUGUUACAACGAUACCUACCAUUGGUUUCAAUGUGGAGACUGUAGAAUACAAGAAUAUUAGCUUUACAGUGUGGGAUGUGGGCGGCCAAGAUAAAAUUCGUCCCCUGUGGAGGCACUACUUCCAGAAUACACAAGGUCUUAUCUUCGUCGUUGACAGCAAUGACCGAGAACGUAUUGGAGAGGCGAGAGAGGAGUUAAUGCGUAUGCUGGCGGAGGAUGAGCUGAGGGAUGCAGUUUUACUAAUCUUCGCCAACAAACAGGAUCUGCCACAAGCAAUGAACGCGGCCGAAAUCACCGACAAGCUCGGCUUGCACUCACUCAGAAACCGCAACUGGUACAUUCAGGCGACGUGUGCAACUAGCGGCGAUGGGCUCUACGAGGGGCUCGACUGGUUGUCCAAUCAGUUAAAGAAUGCCAAUCGCUAAUUAAUUACACUAAAAAUACAAUAGAAACCACAACAAUUUGAAUAAAACAAUAUGAUUUCAAGGAAGCCGGACGUGGCAAAAACCAGCAAACACCAACAGCAAACCAAUCCGAAACCGUGGCUGAGGAACAUCAAAAAGACGGCAUCAUAUGUAAUUACUACAACAAUUACAACAACAGCAGCAAAAACACCAACAACAAGAGCAGCAGCAUCUUCGCAUAACUUAAAAGGACGCCUCCUGUCCGUAUUUCCAAACAAGAUACUGAACUGUUUAUUGUGUACCGUGCAAAAGCAAAAUUUUUGCAAACAACAUAUAAAAACGCUAUAUAAUUUAAUUUAAAUUCAUACAUAAUUAUUGGAUGUUUAAAUGCAAAACGAGUAAAAGAGAAUCCCCCAACCAAUCACAGAAAAAAAGAAAACUAAAGUAUAUGGUAUAAACAAUGUC